AUGCGUCUGCUCAGCACAAAGACUCUUGAAUUCUGCGACUUCCUAGGGACAAAUAUCCCGCGUUACGCCAUUCUGUCGCACCGAUGGGAACGCGAUGAGAUGUCCUACCAAGACAUGAUGAAAGAAAUGGAGCGUAACAACAACUCAUGGCCUGGUCCAACAGAGGUUUUGCAGAAACAAGGUUAUCGCAAAAUCAGCGAGUUUCGUCGCCUGGCUUUGCAAGAUGGAUAUGAAUACAUCUGGGCAGACACAUCUUGCAUUGACAAAACCAGCAGUUCUGAACUCCAGGAGGCCAUCAACUCCAUGUACCAGUGGUAUUGGGAUUCCGACGUCUGCUACGCCUAUCUUUCUGACGUGUCUGUUCCAACUGAUCGCACCGACUCAGAUGGCAGAUUCCUCUUCAAGUCCUCAGACCUUGAGUCGUUCCAGAGGUCGCAGUGGUUCACCCGUGGCUGGACGCUUCAAGAGCUACUAGCUCCACGAGCUCUAAUAUUCGUUGAUCGGAACUGGCAAAAGUUCGGCACAGCCUAUGACUUGGAAAAGUUUAUCGAAACAGCUACAAGUAUUCAAGUUCGAAGACAUGUGCACCAGGGCCGUAAGAGGUCAGAGGCUCUUCAAGUCGGACAGUGCAUGGCUUGGGCCGCAACCCGGUCGACAACUAGAAUUGAAGACCGCGCCUACUCGCUGCUAGGACUCUUCGAUGUUAAUCUGCCCAUGAUGUAUGGUGAAGGGGGGCGAUCAUUUCAACGUCUGCAAGAAGAGAUACUCAGAAGUUAUGAAGACGCAUCUAUACUAGCAUGGAGUCAUGCAGAUGCGGAUACUGGGUUCGCACCGAAUGGUUUGGCUCCAUCGCCAGAUCAUUUCCGCCAGUAUCCCAGAUUGAUAGACAGAAUGAGCAAUAGUAACUUCGAAUUUGCUACAAUCAAUCCCACGUUGACACGCCGAGGCGUCCAAGUUACACUGAGUAUCCAUAUCGAUGAACAUGACUUGGCGCUCGGUUAUGCUUUUCUACUAAACUCUGACCGUCCUUUUUCCAACAUGUUGGUUCUUCCUUUACUGCUCACCAAAGCUACAUCAAAACUGGGCGAAGAUUUAGAAGCCGUUAGACUCUCAGACCCCCUUUGGGUCGCACAGAGGUUUGUCGGCCCCGGUGAUAGGAGGCUGGUCUGUUUGCUCAGACAAGCGCAAACUGCAGACAUGAGUCGUUGUCGCGACGGAUUCAGCCUUUCUUCAGCAGUAUGGGAAAACUAUACAACGACAUUGGCGUAUCCACCACAAGCAAGAACCGAGAGUCGGCAUUUUCCAGUCGUUUUUGGCGGAGUCACUGGAGACAUGGAAGGGUUUCCGCUGCUGAAGAAGGAGCAUGUUUUUGCCAUAGAACUAACGAUCCGAGGCAAUGCGUCAGAAAGAUUUGUUGUGCUGGUGGAUUACAACAUAGACUAUUUUGGGACAGCCAAACUAAAUGCUGUUAGAGUUAUUAUCCCGGGGAGGGAGAUGGAUUUGGCAGAUUUGGCAGACUUGGCUCGCUCUCGAGGAAAACGAUACCGUGAUCGGGAGCUCUUUGAUCAAGAUGGCAACGCGAUUCCAGCAGAUGAGAUUAUCGAAAUUCGCAAGUUCUCCAGUUAUUGGGUUCAAGACGAGGAUGAAGAGCUUACCAAGCCGCCAGUUGAGGCGCUGAAACAGCUUUGCAUUAUAGAAGACAUAGAGUCUUGA